AGGAGCAUGGCUGCAAAGAAACACCAUCUUUUCACUCCAGAACCACAUCAUAUACCUGGAUAUGGAGGAUACUCCCAGACAUUCCCAUUUCGGUUUGGCAAGACCUAUGGAAGGACUACUCAUGAUAUCCUGAAGGAUCCCAAAAAGUCAAGAGCCGGCCAAUCGAUCCUGUGGCCAACGACACAACCUCCAGAACAGUGUUUUCCAGAAGAUGAGGAAUAUUGUAUGCCUGAUGUGUCUGACCAGAUCCACCCACAGAAACUUGUUCCUGGUUAUACUGGCUACAUCCCUCAAAAGUUAUUCAAAUAUGGUGGGAGCUACUACAAGGAGACCCUGGAGUCAGGUCUGGACUUGCGACAACGCCAGAUGGAAUACGUACAGAAAAUGAAAGAGCCUGAGCUCAUCACUUAUGUGGAUGGGAGAAGAAAGCUGGUAUCUGUCAAUGAGAACAGGCCACUGAAACCUGUAGCUGCAAAUGUGGAUCCAAUAACUUGGACUCAUCUGUACAAGGACAAGCACCUUUUUACCACCCAACCUCCUGAACUGCAGAGAAGAGGUAUCGCAGGUUACACUGGAUUUAUUCCACGUAUUGCCAACGAAUUUGCACAUCCUUACCAAGAACGGGCGAAGAGUGCCAUGGACAAGUUUCAGCGCAAACAGUACUUUGUGAGGAAUAAGCUAAGAGGUUACCGUGAAGAUGAUCCUCAACCUAAUAGUAAAAUUUACAUUAACAAACCGAUGGUUCCCAACUACGGAGGUCACCUGCCAGGAGCGAAGUUUGAUAUUGAAUCAACAUUCGGAAAGAAUUCCAGGAUUGCUUCUAAACAAAUCCAUUGUCUCUGAUUUAAGCUCAGUGUACAAUCUGUAAUGGUUUAUAUUAUUGAUAUAUGUCAAGCAGUUGUAACUUGAGCAGAAAAAAAAACAGAAAAGUAGCAAAGAAAGGCAUUGUUAAAAUAGGCUUGAAUUUGAUAAAUAAAGGAUGGUUCUGAACAAUCUAUACAUAUUACUUCUUGACUCUAGUGUUGUCAGUAUAUUUUAUUAAAUACACAAACACAAAAACUAAUGACUGCCAAAGAUAAUUCUGACAGUAUCAAAGCUCACAUUGAUACCAAUACAUUUAUAAUGGACCAAGCCCAAGGAUAAUCUUAGCUGGCUGGGAAGGUAAUAGAGAAUGGUACACAAAAUGCUGGAGUAACUCAGCGGGACAGGUAGCAUCUCUGGAGAGAAGGAAUGGGUGACAUUUCAGGUCGAGACCCUUCUUCAGACUCAUUACCUAUAAGUAAUAGAAAAUGUUGGACAGUUGAAGAUACGGAGAACACUGAGUAAGUAG